CAUAAACCAGCAGCACGUUGAGGCACAUUACGCACAUUAAAAACAGUGAAAACCAAUAUCUCUAGGGGGGAAGAGGGGCAAGGAAGCUAAGCCCACUUUAGACCAUUUUGCAGCAUCCAGAAGGAGCCCAAGUAUCUGCCUUGUCAUCUGGCAUAGCUCACAUCACUGGGAAGUGACUUCUGCUGGUGUGUGGUUCCCCCUGUGCAUAGGGGCUACCUGUACAGGUCCUCCCAGCUGGGACUAGAACUGGCUAUCUGUAGCUGAUAUAGGGGUGAUUAUAUUUCAUUAAUAAGUCACAUAGUUUAAGAACAGCAGGAUGCAACUUGGGAAAAGGUGGUGAAGAAAAAUUAGAGAUGAUAUCUGGGCCUGUGAGAAUGGUGGUGAUGCUCACAAACAUGAGAAAACUCUGACUUGGCCCUUCUUCCCUGAGGGAGUCUGGGUCAAAGCAGACUCAUCACUACCUCCAUUUUCUCUGGUGGUCUCAGAAUUUAGUAUCAUUGUAGGACUGCCCUUGCACAGAAUGAUUUUUAGAUUUACAUAGUCACGAUGCUCAUUUGCAGGUGACGUCAUCCUGGAAGAACUGCAGAUGCCCUAAAUAGGUGUCAUAGCUGUUUGUUCAUUUUCUGCUGCUGGCUGGUGAAUAUGGAUCAAACACUCAACCCAUGCAACAUGUGUUGCAUCAAGAGCACACCCUUCUGCAGAGAUGACAAGAUGCUCAUAGACCCUUUGGUGCUGAAGAAGAAGCUCAAUAGGAUGGCAACAGAGCAAGGGGCCUUUGCUGUUCUCAGCAGCCUGCUGCUGUACGUCACCGAGCUCGCAGCUGGCGAUCUGCAAAUCAGCAACAAGAGGACAAAAUGGGCAGAAGGUAAAGAAAACAAGGAGAGUUAUAACCAGCCAUGUCCAGGUCCAAUCAGGGCUCAGCAUCCAACCAGAUUUCAGCUGUUGCGGUCCAGGUUUCUGAACAGCAAUCGUGAGCCGUACACCAAGAAGAGAAGAGAAGUUGGCAAACUGGUCAUUAAAGAAAAGCUGUGGGUGAGCAGGGCUGGUAACAAGCUGGACAGAAACAGAGACAGGAAGGGAGAUGGAAAAGCAGUGGGGGAGGAUGCAGACACAGCACCCAGCGAGAGGGCCAGGUGGAGCAGCACAACUGGAAAAAACACAGUGAAGAACAUUCUGAAGAAAUUUUUAGCUGCUGAAGAAAAAGAAGACAAGGAGAAGUCUCCCAGAUGGAAAAAGAAGGGGACAAAUAGCGGCUUGCCAAAAAUAGUUAACAGGAGUUCAGUCCUGUCCAAACUGAAGGAGCAGUUUGAACAAAGCGCUCUCUGCUCGGCUGCAGAGGUGAAAGCAUCACUCUUGUGCAAAGGCGAGAAAAAGACAAAAAAUUUCCCAAGCAGAAAAGCUAUUCAUAAGCCUGAGGUCAGAGUGCUGCGCAUGGCAGCAAUGACAGCCACAGGUAUAAAGAGUCCAGAGUCCCAAAAUUUAGUGUGCUCCAUGGUCCCAGUGCCCAGACUCAGUAUGGCUACCAAAAUUAACCGUCCUUGGAGCUGGUCAAAAAAUAAUGCCACAAAGCAGCCUUUUGGUCACGACACACUGCUGAAGGAAAAGGAGGAGUCCAGCAGAGACCAUGGCGAGAACAAAACACUGGCAAAUGCAGCACAGGACAGGGAGGACAAAGAGGAAUUACCAGUGGCACUGGAGGCCGUGUCAGAUGCAAAGGACUGUGCUGAGACAAAAAUAGAUUCUGCAAAACAAGGACCCAACUUUCAUCCUGUUCUAGAUAACUCUUCUACUACUCAUAAAAACAAAGCUCUUGCAGACUGCAUUCCUCCCUUAUCUGAAUGUAGCCUAGACUGUGACAGGAAUAACACCCUAGCUGCUCCUGACACAUCUUCACUAUCAGGGAUUACCAAUGCUCUGCAAUAUGUUAAGGAAAACAGCCCACCUCCUGACCUGCCUUACUCUGGCACAGCUGAGAGAUCCCAUGAACAAAGUCCUCAGGAUACUAAACCAGGAGAGAUUCCUGAAAUAACUAUGUAUGUCUACAGUUCAGAGGAAGAUGACACAGAGCUCAAAGAGCCAGAAAAGGAUCCUUUCUUUACAGGCCCAAAAUAUUUUCCAGAGCAGAAAGCACUGGAAAACAUCCCGCCAUUUCACUCUCCAGGAGUUCAAGCAUCUUGCGAAGUUGAGUCGACAAUGGACAAUGGACAUCUAGCUGUCCUUAUACCAGCUUCUGGCAAAAAGCCACCAAUAGUCCAAAAAGAGGCACUGGAUUUAAGAGGUAAAUGUUCUGAGGAAGCCAAAGAAGGAGCAAAAUUUCACAGUGAAGACAAAAUGUCCUCUACUUCUAGCAAAAAUGAUAGCAAUGUCUCAAAUAUAGAGGAAGAGGAGGAGAAUAAAACACCCAACAGCCAAAUGCAAAAUGAAUCCAAAGCCACACAGACACAGCCUCCUCAACUAACUUUUAGCCCACAAAAUAACUUCGAUAGUUCCAAUGUGGAUAUAUCAAAUCCAGAUGCAAAUCAGAACACAUCCACACUCUCCUCAAAUGAGAAUCAGGUUCUGAAGCCUGGUGCUGCAGAAGAAGAGUACAUAUCUCCUCCUUUGGAAAAGACACAAAGUCCUUUGCCAGGUGACCUUGUGAAGCACAGUUUCUGUAUCACAGAAGAAGAUUUUGGGAAGGAUAAAUUAUCUUCAACCAGUGAAAUGUUGAAUCAUGCAAACAAUCAAGCCCUGCACAGGAGUACCUUGACUGACCUGGAGACCUGUCACAAGCCGUCUGAAUCUUUCAUUGAACAUGAAGAGGCCACUGCAGAUGAGAUGCCCUGGCCUGACUCUGAGGCAUGGCAGUCACCCUUGUCAGUCCCUUUAUCAAUAUCAAUGAGUGGGAUUGCAGGACAAAGUAUCCAUCACACUCUUCGAAAUCCUCCAGCACUUCCACCUAUUAAUCUGGUAAGACAGGGAGCUGGUGAUAUGGGACAUGAGCAUGCCAGCCAUGGCUGUGAGAAGCAUUCACCGCACCCUUCAGAUGAGGUGACAAACCAUGGGAAUGACACAAUGGUGGAGAAGAAAACUACAUGUGAUUUUAAGAACCAAGCACUGUCCCCAAAUCAUGCAACAGAAAAUGAAAACUCUACAGAAAAAGAGACAAAUACCUGUCAAAGCUUUGAGAACUGUCUUUCACUUUCAACCAAGAAGCCAGGAAAACAUGAAAAUAAAACAACACUAGCAAGAAAGCCCCUAUUACCCUUGGAGAUGAACCAAAUACCAACUUCAGAUGAUACCCAAAAGCAAGAAUGUGAUAUGCUGGAAGAGAGCCCCAUUUCUUCAUCAAUUGAAUUGGUCUCAGACCAAAAGAAGCAUGCAAAAAGUAGAAAUAAGAUAUCUGAACAUACAAGGGAUAAGCUCUUCUCAUCAGAUGAUGACAUGAAGUAUGACAGUGAUAGGAUGGAGACAGAGGAGAAAGACGAGAGACAUAUCUUGCAUAAAUUUGAGCAGGAACAAGUAUUCACACCAAAUGAUACUGUAGAUCAUAAUGAUUUUCCAAAGGAGAAUAAUGCUCACAGACCUCAAACAUCCCAGUUACCUUCAUCAGAAAAUGAUACCAACAUUCAAGGAGUGAAAAAUACUGGACAGAGUUUGGAGCAUCUAGCACCUUCAAGAGAUUUUGUAAAACACGAACAUGAUAUGACAGGAGAUGAAAACAUCUGUUGCAGUAAUGGGAAAAGCCCCCUGGCCUCAUCAGAUGAACCAACAAAACGUGCGAAUGACAGUGCAGGGCUAAAAAACAUCAAGUCAAACUUCAACAAUUACUCAAUGCCACCAAGAAAUACAUCAAGACACAACAACAAGACCACUGAUGAGGACAAUACCUCCCUAGAGACAAAGAAACAGAUGCCACCAGGUGACUUUGUAAAGCUUGAAACUAAAUUGGACAAAAAAGAGACUAAACAAACCUCUGAGAAGCUUCAGUCACCUUCUUCAUAUAAAGUGACAAAUCGUCAAGACAGAAGCUCUUCAGGAGAGAGGAAGCAAAAGACACCAACAGCAGAAGACACUGGAUCACCUGAAAUGAAGGUACUAAAAGAGGAUAACAAGCACCAGCUUUAUGGGAAGCACCAGCUACCUCCAUCAAGAAAAUCAGAAAUGCAUGAGGAAAAUAUUCCAGGAGGAGACAAACAGCAAAUGAGAUUUGAAGAUUUUCCAAUACCUGAUACAAAUACUGCAAAAGAGAAGGACAAAUUUCUAAUUUCCAGGAAGUACCCAUCAAUAUCAUCAGAAACAUUGGUUAAGCCUCAAGAAAAUAAUACCGCAGAACAAAAGAAACAAACAUCAGCUUCUUCAGGUUUUAACAAGCCUGGUACUACUGCUGUGAAAGAAAAACAAGGAGAUCCAAAUUCUGAGAAGCCAUCUUCUUCAAACAAACUGCUGAAGCCUCAAGAAAAAAGCUCUUCAGGACAGAGGAAGCAAAAGACACCACCAGCAGAGGCCACCAGGUCAUAUGAAGAAAAGACUGUAAAAGAGGAUGAUAAAUACCAGUGUUCUGGGAACCGUCAGUUACCUCCUUCAAGUAAAUUAUCUGAGAAAAAUAUUCAAGGAGGAAAAAACCCAAACACUGGAUCCAAAAGUUUUACAAAGCCUGAUGCAAAUGCUGUAAAAGAUAAAAGCAAAGAUCCAAGUUCUGGGAUGUGUCAGUCCCCAUACUCAAAUUUGCUGGUGAAGCCUCAAGAAAAUAAUGUCACAGCCAAAAAAGAGCAACUGCCACCAGUACAUGAUGAAAAACCACUGUAUAAAACUGGCAGUCCAGAAAAGAAGAGUGAACCUGAGAGAAGAGAGAAAUACCAGCUAGGCUCUUCAGCUCAAUCAGAGAACUACAGCAAUGAUGGCUUAGGAGAGGUGGGCCCUGUAGGUGAUUUCACGAGUUAUCAAGCUCCAUUGCCAAGCAAAGGUAUAAAUUGUAAAAGCAGUACUGUCCUAAAAAAGACCAGUUUGUCUAAUACAGAGAAGUCCCCCAAAUCAUCCUCAUCAUUUCAUGUUGCAUCAGAAGAUGAGGAAAAUCCUGUUGGAAAUAGAAAAAAGCAGCCUGGAUAUAAGAAAUACACAGCGCUCUCAUCAAAGACUUUGGUGAAGCAUGAGAAAGAUGCGGCUGAAAGGGAGGGGAGCUGGCAGGCAGCUGGCAAAACAAGUGAGAAAAAAGCAGAGCUGGAGGACUGCUCUAAAGCAAUGCCAUUCUCAAAAUACACAGUGGAAAGCUACAGUGAAGGACCCUUAGAUUCGGCUUUCAAACCAUUGAUCAUUAGAGUAACUGACACAUUUAAACAUCACAGCUAAAAAUUACAGCUACAGCUUAGGCAAGAACUUACAACUCAUCAUGUCACCAAUUCUCUUGAUCUUUCUUUUCUUCUUUUUUCUUUAGGGCAUUAUAUUAUCAUUUUUUAAUCACAAGGACAUUGAUGUGCAUCUAUUCGAGCUGGGCUUUUUUCCUUUCUUAAACAUUAGCCCAAAGACAUGAAUUAAAUUAAUCACUGCAAGUGAAUUAGCUAAUCACUGAAUUAAUCAUCAGUUUAUAAAUUAAAUAUGAGGAGGGCUUUGAGAUCAGCGUGAAUUCAUCCCUGUCUCAGACUCUCCUUGCUAACUAAUGGGCUUUGUUUGUAACAAAGACAACUGUUCAGGCUGAACUCUAUUUGUAUUUACUUGUUCCAAUGAAACUCUGCUAGUACUUCUUCACGGAAUAGUGGUAGGCAGUGUAGCUUUAAUUAUGUCAAAAAGUGCUUGUUCUAAACUCUGCCUUUUCACAGAUUAGCAGAAACUGUUGAUCUAUUGCUGCACUGAGUGAUGCUGUUAGCAGAAGUAGUGAGGGAAGGAGGGGAAUGCUUCAUUUAUCUGCAUAGAAAUCCUAAAAGGACACUUAUGCUACAAGAGGAUUUACCGCAAAUGCAAAUGUUCAGCCUCAUUAAUAUUAAUAUUGGAAAAAUAGUGAUUUAACCUCCUCUGAAGCUAUUUGCGCUUCCCCCAUACACUGCGUGCAUUAUUGUUGCAAAGGUACACCAUUUGAAGGGGUUCUUAAUUAAUCCAGAUGAAUAUGCAACAAGCAUAAGAGCUCAGAAAAGCUCAAGGCUGAAAGGCCAUGAGGACAAGGUAAGCCAGACAGGCUGAACACUUUGCCAUGGCAGUUCAGCUCCUCCUGGGACAUCUGUCCCACUCCAAAUCCUGGGGCACACAGAUGUGAGGCAGGUGCCUCAGCUUACAUCAAAAGUCUUAGGAAGUGUUUAUUUUACAAUGCAAUGUGGAACAGAGCAGUAAAAAGCAGCCAGUCUCACUGAAUCCUAUUAAUGGGGUAUGAUUUUUUGUGUUUACAGUGAUAGCGACUUCUGCACAAAGUUCGUGUGUGAUGAACGUUGUUUUGGAGAAGUGAGGGUGGGGUUGCUGCCUUGGGUGUCUCAAUAAAGCUAUGACAGACAGAAUGUCCUACAGCAUCAACUCGCCCAUACACAAGUUUAGCUUAGCAUUGUAGCCACACAUUCAUGUUAAAACUUACUGUGGAGGAACCCUAAAGCCACAUCCUAAGGAUCCACCUUCAGGAAGUUGCAGAGAUACCCAGAGAGAGUUUAUACAAACAAGGUCCUGCUUCCCCAAGGCAGUGACUUCCCUUUAAUUUUUAAGAUGCUCUCCAUGACCACACUGUGCAGCCGAGGGCUGGCUGUUCCUCCAGCCCAGGUUGGCAGAAUGCCCCGACCCACUGCCAGCAAGAGAAUGAGGACAAGAACAGGCUGGCAGCAAGCUGAGAUCAAACCCUAUUGCCAGCACAAUGCACAUGAGUCACAUACGUGACAACUGGGCUGGCCUGGUCGGGGACACUGCUGGGAUGAAGUGGGGACGUGAAUAUUGUUUCUCCUGACCACUGAGGAGGCUUAAACUUUGAUUUCUUUUUCCUUUACAACACAUCAAGAAUUAGGCUUUCUGGCAUCUGGAGGGGCAAAAAAUUAAAAUCAUAAUUGUAUAUCACACCAGCCCUCAAAAAAUAAAAUUAAUUUUAUUGAAGAUACAAGACUGCCCUUCCACACAAAGGUGUAUUUCACCCACCAAGCUUUUAUGGACUGGCAACCAUAAAGGCCACUUGGUACUAAACCUAAACCAUAAUUUCCUUUUUAUUGCCCAUGAUUUCAUUUCCCAUUUGAGAAAAGUCCUUACAGCAUAGAGCAUUUUGUGCCAAACUUGAGUAAUAAAUUCUCUAUUAGCUGGCUUCUCCUGCCAGCACAGGAGAAUCACAGAACUGUUGUGGUUGGAAAAGAUUUCUAAGACCAUCAUGUCCAACCAUUAACCCAGCACUGCCAAUUCCACCAGUAAAACAUGUACCUAAGCAUCACAUCCACAUGUUUUUUGAACACUUCCAGAGAUAAUGACUCCAGUAUUUCCCUGGGCAGCCUGUCCCAAUGCCUGACACCCAUUUUGGUGAAGAAAUUUUUCCUAAUAGGCAAUCUAAAUCUCUCUUGAUGCAACUUGAGCCCAUUUUCUUUGUCCUAUCACUUUUACUUGGGAAAGGAAACCAGCCCCCACCUGUCUACGACCUCCUUUGAGAUAGCUAUAGAGAGCACUAAGGUCCCUCCUCAGGCUCCUUUUCUCCAGGCUAAACAACCCAGCUCCCUCAGCCACUCCUCAUAAGACUUGUGCUCCAGACCCUUCCCCAGCUCUGUUGCCUUUCUCUGAACAUGCUCCAGCACCUCAAUAUCCUUCUUGUAGUGAGAGGCCCAGAACUAAACACAGGAUUUGAGGUGCAGCCUCACCAGUGCUGAGUGCAGGGAGACAAUCACUGCCCUGGUCCUGCUGGCCACGCUAUUCCUGAUACAGACCACGAUGCCACUGGCCUUCUUGGCCACCUGGGCACACUGCUGGCUCAUGUUCAGCUUCUGUCAACCAGCACUCCAAGGGUUCUUUUCCACCAGGCAGAUUUCCAACUGCUCUUCUCCAAGACUGCAGAGCUGCAGGGGGUUACUGUGACCCAAGGGUAUGACCCAGCACUUUGCCCUGUUGAACCUCAUACAAUUCACCUCAGCUCAUUGAUCCAGCCUGUCCAGAUCUCUUUGCAGAGCCUUCCUACUCUCCAGCAGAUCAAGACUCCUGCCCAACUUGGAGUCAUCUCCAAACUAAGAGUGGGCUCAAUCCCCUCAUCCAGAUCAUUGAUAAAGGUAUUAAACUGGACCAGACCUUCUGCUGAGCCCUGGGGAACCCCACCAGUGACUGUCCACCAGCCAGAUUUAACUCCAUUCACCCCCAUCCUCUCGGCCUGGCCAUCCAGCCAUUUUUCUAGCCAGCAAACAGCAAGCUGUCCAAGCCAUGAGCAGCCAGUUCUUCCAGGACAAUGCAUGGGAAAUGGUGUCAAAGGCUUUAUUAAAGUCUAGUUAGACCACAUCCACAGCCUUUCCCUUAUCCACUAAACAGGUCACCUUAUCAUAGAAGGAGUUUUAAUAGUUCUUAUUAGAAUUUAAUCAUUCGUAUUAGAAACCAUUUUAAUCUUUUUCUAACCUUUUAAAAGAAAUGGCAGGGACGUUGCCCCUUAUUCACACCUGGAAAGAAUACUACUGUCUAACAAAUGAAAGGAGUUCUUGUCUCUGCCAGAAAGUUAGCCAAAUAUUAAGCAGGUGCCUCCCAGCAGAGCUAGUCCUUGGGCACCAGGAGGCCUCUAAGUCUUUCAAUUUAUGCCUGCCAUGUUUGUUUUUCUAAACAGACAUGCAACACUAGCAGACCAAGAUGCAGCAUCCUGUGUUCAGGAUAAGUCAGGCAGAGUCAACUUGUGGGGGUUAGCUUUUAGGUUGCCUCAUGCCUUAAUCUCUGCUGGUAAGACAAAGUAUCCAUCCAAGUCAACUGACCCUCCCCAAAGUGCGCUUAAAGCAUGACAGAGAUUUGCAUUAAAUGCAUCCUUAAGGGUAAUGUCUCACUUAAGGAAGUUGCUUCAUUUUGGGAGUUAACAUGUUUAAUCUUCCAGGAAAGAAGAGAGCAAGGCCAUACAAAUUUGAGUGGUGAUGGCUAGCAGAGAAGUAGAAGACUGGUGUGCUUUGCAUUCAGCAAGCCACUCCAGACCAUGCAGGCAGGAAAUUUAGCACUGGUGAUAAGCAAAGAAAUGCCAGAAAUUAGUAUUUCAGAAAGAAAAAAGAGUUCAAGGAGUGAUAUGUUCAUCUGUGCCAGCUGUGCCACGUGUGCAAAUGGCCAGGCUCAAACUUAAUGAGACCCUUGACAAGGGAGACACCACAACAGAAAACAGUUUCAUUCCCAGUCUCUAGUAGUCCUUCACAGAUUUUUUGUGCCUCUGCUACCCUUUAGGUACAUCUCUCAUGCCAUCACAGAAGAGGCAGUGAAGGGAGUCCUCCCAGCCACUACUUCAAUUUGUCUGAUGUAAUAACAGAUACUUUUGAUGCUUGUGCCUGCACAUCUCUUGGCUUUUGUGGUUUUGGAAAAUGGGUGUACAGUUCUGUUCCUUCUCCAUACUACAGCCCUUUGCUUUACUAAUAUGCAUUUCUCAAGGUCACUGAAGGGAUGAGAUCCUUAGCCUGCACUAGAUGAAGCAGGAUUUUUUUUUGCCAGUUUUAUUAAUUAUUCCUUAAAGCCCUGGCUUAGCUGUAGAUGCAGACAAUCAAAACCAGGCCAGGCACAGGACAAAUAAAGACAGGUAGACAAGGUUUUUCAAGGUUCCUCUUCUGUGAUGACAUAUUUUGAAAUUUCACAUUCUUACAGAAUUAGACACUCAUGGAGAGAGAAUUAGAUUAAUGACAGUAUUAUUGCCCUGGGCAUAGUCCAUUUCUUUGGAGUCUCCAAAAUGCAGUUUUCCAGGGGUUUUUGAAAGCCCGAAUAAAAGAGUCAUUUAAGGGGAGUCCAGACUCUGAGCUGGAACUGGGGCACCUGAAGGGUCCCACCUGAAGAAGCAGGUUUGAGGGGACCUCAGUGGUUAGUGGUGGGGUAGAGGCUGGCAACAGAGAAGCCAGGCAGGCUCCCAGUAGCAGCCAUCAGUAAAGUCCUUCACUUUUUAUGUCCUCUCUAAUUAGGUCAAAUAACCCCUAGCACUCCACAUUGGCAGGACACCUCUCAGAUGGGCUUAGUAAUAUGGAAAUCACAAAAGGAUUGGUCUGGGGUGAUUCAGAUAGUCAAACUUGGACCUGAGCAACUGGCACAUCAGUGUGACAGUACAGUCCCCUUCACAGUGUUAAACAAGUGCUCAUCAUCUCCAACAGCCCCACACAUCCUCCCAGAUUUCUGACUGAAGGACUAAUCUCUGCCUUUGGUCCCCAAACUCAGAACUAGGUCAACUGCCCACUGGAUGCACCUUGCUCUCCCUCCAUCUCCUAUGGCAAUGCAGUCUUAAGGCUCUUGGGGCUGAGUGGGACAAACCCAGGCUCCAGAGUCCCAGCUUUGCAAAGAGACCACCACUUUCUCCAGAAGUUUCACAAAGAAAAUGUGAUGCCUAUAUUUCUGGGGCUUCAGGUGCUAGGAGAGGUCAGAAGACUCAUGGGAGAGCUUCCUCUCCCACCCCAGCUCUGAAAGGGCUGCUAAGCCGUGCUGGAUGAGCAUUGUCUCCAUAUAAGUAUAAUAAAGAGCUUCUCCUUGAUUUUUUUUUCAAAUUAAAAGAGGGCACAUAAAGCAUAGCUAUUCCCAGCAGAAGUAUCCUAAACCCUGUGAAGGCUUAGCCUGUAGAAGAACUGAGGCUAGUGCUGUACCAUGAGGUGCAGGUGGUCCACUGCAAAGUUAAAAAAUAUGUCACUACUUUCUUCCAGACCUCAUAACCAGGAAGAAACAGUUGUCCCUGUAGUGCUGUCUGAUUCCAAAUUUUUCAAAUGAAAUAAAAAAAUUAACAAAUGCAUACAUUUGGCUCUGAACUGUGACAUAACUUAGCAAUUUAUCAGCAUCUUCUUCAUUUGGAUAACCUUUUAACACAUCACACAUGACAAAAAAGACGGAGACCACGACCUUAAGUUGCACAAUUUGACUCAGGUUUUCCCCGUUGUACUCUUUCGGAUGUCAGUGGAGCUGGUAAUGGAAGAAAACACUAAAGAUAACACAAAAGACUUCAUAUCCCAGCACACAGGGACUAUACAACAUCCCCCCCAGGCCCGAGAUACCACAGAGGAAAUCUGUGGGCUGCUGACAGUAGAAAAGCCCCACCUAAUGGUUGAAUUUGUAAAGCAGGCUGCAGGCAAGCAGUGAGGAAAGCAGAGAAAACGUAGGAAUACUGGCAGGAAUAGCAAGGACAUUUAGGAAACCAUUUAUUCCCUUAUUCCUGUGCUGGUAAGCACUGGACAUCAUCCAGAAGAAGUUUGUCUGGGUGACCAGAGAAACCUGAAAAGUGAUAACUAGGGAUCUUUAUGGAUUUGGGAGUGGGGGAUUUCUCUGGAAGACUAAAGUAAAUCUCUGUUACCUGAGAAAUAAGCACUGCUCAGCAUUUGCUCUCUAAAAAUCAAGAUUCUUUCGCAAGAUGCCUCAUGUUAGGCAACCAAAGUGCCUUCUAAAUAAAUUGCCCCAGGUUUCUGAAAUACAUGAGAGUUUCCUAGGUACCUCCUGGCCCCAGCAUCUAAAAAAGAAAAGGAUGUGAACAAAAGAAUUGGUGUGCAAGGACUGGCCAGCUCACUGCAGCUCUGUAGGUGAAAGCAGCCAGUGCAGGUUGCUUUUGCCACAAGGAAUUGCAACCACUUUCUGCAGAUCACACAACUUCUUUGGCCUGCACAAUGGUAGUUGCUGCAGUUGCUGGUUGAGAUGCAAUCUAAAAAGAAGGUGAGUCCUUCCCAUUGCUGUGACCCCCAGGACUUCUGGAAGGAAUCUAAGAAAGAAACUCUUGGACACUGUAGAACCAGUCCAUCCUUAUCAAGAAAUAACUGUGUUCAGUCAAGUUACACCAUCAGAGUGAAAUCCUCGUGCUCCUUGGGGUUCGUACCGAUACAAUGGACUCUCAAAUGGCAGUUCUGGAUUGCUAACCCAGUUACUGAGAUCUUUCAUUCUUCUGAGGAAUGGGAAUGGUGCCGACAGCGGUGAUCUAAACACCCAAAUAAGGUCCCACCAAAUGUAUCUCAACUUUAACUGUCUCCAAGCUUCAGGACACUUAUUCAGAAGACCAGAAAUCCCCAAAAGACAUCUUCUUUAUUAACUCUUUUAAAUUACACACAUCAUAUAACAGGAAAGUCUGUACCAUUGUCAUACCAUACAGAUUUCUUAAUAAAACUGUUUUCCUUCUUAGAUGGGUUCCUUAUUUGUACCAUUGAGUCUUACUUGUGUGUUGAGAAGAUUAAAAUAAUAA